AUGUCUAAUGAAAAUGAAGAUUUAAUAUCAUCAUUAUACCCUCCACCUCCUCCAUUCUAUGAGUUUUUUACACCAGAAAAUGUUGAAUUGAUUGAAAACCUAAAGAAUAAAGAAGAGGAAGAAGAAAUUAAAGGAGAAUUAAAAUUUUUAGUACCACCAAAACAACCAGCUGGUGAACAAUACCGUGGUUAUGGUAAUGUUUGGUCAUUCAUAGAUAAACUACCAGAUUUAAAAGAAACUCAAUGGAAACAACUAUAUCCAGAUACGGAACCAGGUGAAGAAGAUAACAAGAUUGAACAACUUCAUAAAUUAUUAAACUCAUUAUUAUUGAAAUUUUUUGAAUUAAUAUCCAUACUUACAAUUAAUCCAACUGAAUAUACUAACAAAAUUGAAGAUUUAAAUGUGAUACUAAUUAAUAUAAAUCAUUUAUUGAAUACUUAUAGACCACAUCAAUCGAGAGAAAGUUUAAUUAUGCUUUUAAAAAAACAAAUACUGAUAAAACAACAAGAAAUACAGACUAUAAAUAAUAAAAAUAAUGAAAUUAAAGAAAAAUUAAAGAAUCUAGUGAAUUUAGAUGAGAUUGAAAUGGAAGAGGAAGAAGAAGUAGACGAAAAGGAAACGAUAAAAAAUGAAAUUAUAGACAAAUUACUAAUAAAUAUAUAA